AUGGGUCGUGUGAUUAGGGCACAACGUAAGGGAGCGGGUUCAGUUUUCAAGUCCCAUACCCAUCACAGGAAGGGACCUGCUCGUUUCCGCAGUCUCGAUUUCGGCGAGCGUAACGGUUACCUCAAGGGAGUGGUUACUGAUGUUAUCCACGAUCCAGGUCGUGGUGCUCCUCUUGCCAAGGUUACUUUCCGUCAUCCUUUCCGUUACAAGAAGCAGAAUGAGCUUUUUGUUGCGGCUGAAGGUUUGUACACCGGUCAGUUUAUCUACUGCGGAAAGAAGGCUACUCUAGUUGUUGGUAAUGUGCUUCCUCUCAGAUCUAUCCCUGAGGGAGCUGUUAUCUGCAACGUGGAAGGACAUGUUGGUGACCGUGGUGUUUUUGCCAGGGCUUCUGGUGAUUAUGCUAUUGUUAUCAGUCACAACCCUGAUAACGAUACCUCUAGGAUCAAGCUUCCUUCUGGUGCCAAGAAGAUUGUGCCAAGUGAUUGCCGGGCUAUGAUUGGGCAAGUUGCUGGCGGUGGUAGAACAGAGAAGCCUAUGUUGAAGGCUGGUAAUGCAUACCACAAGUUUAGAGUGAAGAGGAACUGCUGGCCUAAGGUUCGUGGUGUUGCUAUGAAUCCAGUUGAGCAUCCCCAUGGAGGAGGUAACCACCAGCAUAUUGGUCAUGCAAGUACUGUCAGACGUGAUGCACCUCCUGGACAGAAGGUUGGUCUCAUUGCUGCCAAGAGGACUGGUAGGCUCAGGGGUCAAGCUGCUGCAAGCGCUGCAAAGGCUGACAAAUAA